AUGAUCAGAAGGACCGUCAAAGAAACUCUAGUGGAGGAAGGUGCUGCUGAAGACUUGUCUUCAGUUGCUAUGAAAGUUAUUAACCUUCAACGCUUAGGCGUGUCCUACCAUUUCGAGGAUGAGAUUUGUGAAAUUUUGCAACAAAUAUUUGACAAGGACAAUGUCCCACAUGAUGAUCUUCAUCAAAAUAAUUCUGACCUUUAUGCAGUUGCUCUUCGUUUCCGAUUGCUUAGACAACAAGGGCACAAUGUUUCAUGUGACAAGUACUUCAGCAAUUUGAAGGACAAUGAUGGGAUAUUCAAGGAAUCACUUAUCAGUGAUACAAAAGGACUACUAAGUUUAUAUGAAGCUACGCAUCUUCGGAUAAAAGGUGAUGAUAUACUUGACCAGGCAUUAACCUUCACCACAACUCAUCUCAAGUCUGCAACACGUCGAGAUUUAAGCUCCCCACUUUUGAAACAAGUAACUCACGCCUUGUAUCAGCCACUUUGGAAGGGAAUACCAAGGAUGGAAGUGAGGCAUUACUUGUCUAUCUACCAGGAAGAUGAUUCUCAUAAUGAAACUCUCUUAUGUUUUGCCAAACUGGAUUUCAACCUAUUGCAGCAACUCUAUCAAAAAGAACUGUUUGAAAUUACAAGGUGGUGGAAGGAUGUGGACUUCAUGAAGCACUUAUCUUUUGCUAGAGAUAGGGUGGUUGAGUGUUACUUAAGUGCCUUGGGAGUUUAUUUUGAGCCGAAAUACUACUUUCCUAGGAGGACAUUAAGUAAAUUCAUUUACAUGGUAGCCGUAAUUGAUGACAUGUAUGAUGCUCAUGGCACAUUUGAAGAACUAGAGCUCUUUAAUGAAGCUAUUCAGAGGUGGGAUAUAUCUGCCAAAAAUCAAUUACCAAACUAUAUGAAAGUCUGUUAUCAGACGCUGUUAGAUGUCUACACAGAACUCGAAGAAUAUCUUGCAAGAGAGGGAAACUUGUAUGGCAUUUACUAUGCAAGAGAAUCAAUGAAAAGGCACGUCGGUGGUUACAUGAAAGAAACUAGAUGGUUUCACUCGGCAUACACCCCAAAACUGGAUGAAUACAUGCCCCUAGCAGCACUUACAUCCUUGUAUUCACUUGCAAUCGUAGCCGUUGUUGGAAUGGGGAAUGCAGCUACAAAAGACUCCUUGGAUUGGUUACUCACUGAUCCUCCUAUUGUAAACGCUUCAUCUGUAAUCGGCAGACUCUUAAAUGACGUUAUGUCAUAUCAGUUUGAACAAAAAAGAGGGCAUAAUGCUUCAUCUGUGGAAUUAUACGUGAAAGAAUAUGGUGUUACAGAAGAGGUAGCCAAGCUUGCAUUGACUAAGCAAGUGGAUGAUGCAUGGAAGGUCAUUAACAAAGCUUGGCUCCACCCUACCCGAAUCCCAUUGCCGCUUCUAAUGCGGCCUCUCAACCUUGCGCGAGUUAUGGAAAUUUUGUACAAGUUUGAAGAUGCCUUUACAAACGCAGGGGUUGAGCUCAAGAAUUUUGCGACAGAAGUGCUUAUCGAAUCGGUGCCUAUUGCAUAAGCCCAACAAUCAUUUAGACGACAUUACUAUGUAUUUUAUCGUUUGGGGAAAAACUCUUUAAUUUCCUAUUAUGAGAGGUAUAAAAUAAGAUGUCCCUUGAUUUGGACCCUUUUUAUCUACUAUGUGUUUCCUUUUCAAAUAUGUUAAAAAAUAAGUUUGGAUUAUGAAUUUUGUUAAUCA